AUGGAUGAGCCACUCGACCUUUGUUUACGAACCAGUCAAGUAAGGGAAGAUCCGAUAAAGGCUUUCCAUGACUUUAAACGGGACGAACAAUCGUUGAGUGUUAAUACAGCCCCGAGAUAUGAGAUAGAAGAUAACGAGAAAAUGGUUCAGCGUUGGCUACAGCACAUGCCGGCAGAUAGGAUGAUAUCAACCGAGUACAGUCCUUAUCUUCAGACGAACCAGGGUUCUACAAGCAGCAGGAUCUCCUUUGAUCCAAAUAUGUCCAGCGACGCCUCCAAGAUCCCGGGUUCUGCAAGCAGCAGGAUCUCCUUCGAUCCGAACAUGUCCAGCGACGCCUCCAAAACAAACAUUAAUGUGAAGCUUCACAACAAGGAGCUGUGGCGGAGCUUCAGCCAGGAAGGAACGGAAAUGAUCAUCAACAGAUCUGGGAGGCUCAUGUAUCCACGCGUGGAGGUGACCGUGGAAGGCCUUAACGCGAGCAGUAUGUACAGCAUCGGGAUGACCGUGAUUCCAGUAGAUGACAAGCGUUACAAGUACAAGGACAACGUUUGGUCGGCAGUUGGAAAAUCGGGGAUUAAUCACCCGAUCACGCCCUAUAAGCAUCCUAUCUCACCGGCAACAGGAUCUUACUGGACGAAGGACAUCCUUUCUUUCGGUCAUGUGAAGCUCUCCAAUCAUUUAGGGCCGAACAAGAUUUGUCUGGAGUCUAUGCAUAAGUAUUUGAUACAGAUCAACGUAGUACAUCAUAGCAGGGAUGACCACUUGUACAGCUUUAUCCUCCCUGGCACCGAUUUUAUUGCACUUACCGCAUACCUCAACGAAAACAUCACCAGGCUGAAAAUCUCCCAUAACCCAUUUGCGAGAGCGUUCAAGAACAAGAAAAUAUCGCAAACCAGGUCUUGUCUUUCGGGCUCGACUCUCACUCACGGAAAGCGGCAUGCUUCCAAUAAAAUAGACGUAGAUGUUGACAUACAAGUAAAGAAGAAGAAACUCCGCCGGAAAUCCAGGGAGACGCCCCACGUGUCUUAUGAAUCCACCUCUUCUUCUGGCAACAGUGUCAUGGAUGGCUCAAUGAAUCAUUCACUUUCUUCUGCGGGAGACAUAAUGCGUAGAAAGUUUAUGGAGGGAACAACAGGAGGUAAUGGAUGCUUGCCUAUGAUGUGUCUGUUAACCUCGUCCGGACUAUACUAUCAGUCGCUGCCGUACUAUAGACAAGAUGACCGUCUCACGGGGCCUGCAAUCCAGUCAACGUACGCAAACAAAUAUAUGGUUUAAACGGGAAUGUGUCCUCUGAUAUGUCUGUUGUGUCUGUUUUAUGUUAUAGUCGUCGGGCUUGAAAUCGAAUCGGUAACUGCAGCAAAUGCUGCACCAUAAAAAGAGCUUUCUUGCGUUUAAUAUUUUAAUCAUUGAAAAUAUUUGGGACCAUCUUUACUGUAGUAGAGCUAUUUUGCCACGUCCUAAUUAAAUGUCUGUAAAAUUUGUAAAUUGAUUUAAGUUUAUCAAUGUAGAAGAAUCAAAAGAAUAGUAAUAACUGUUAAAAUAUAUAGAAUGUAAAUUCUCAGCUUGAUUUUAUUGUACAUAUUGUA